AUGUUGAAUAUUUUCUCAAAAAGGGUAAACUUUCUUGUUGCAUCUUCAUCAAAUCAGUCCCGAUGCAUAGCUUCACUUUCUGCAUUACCUGACACUUAUCAAAUGUUGUUUAAGACUUGCAGAGAUUUUGCUGAAGGAGAGUUAAAACCCAAUGCUGCUUUGUAUGAUAGAAAUCACCAAUACCCUUCUGAUGCAAUUAAAAAAAUGGGUGAACUUGGCCUUAUGGCAAUAGCUACUCCAGAAGAGUUGGGUGGGGCUGGUCUAGAUUAUCUGGCAUAUGCUAUAGCUUUAGAAGAAAUAUCAAGGGGCUGUGCCUCGGCAGGAGUGAUUAUGUCUGCACAUAAUUCAUUAUACCUUGGUCCUAUCAUGCUAUGUGGUACCGAUAAACAGAAAAAGGAUUUUGUAACACCUUUUUGCAUGGGAGACAAUGUUGGUUGCUUUGCAUUGUCAGAGCCAGGGAAUGGAUCAGAUGCUGGAGCUGCAUCUACUACAGCCAAAGAUGCAGGAAAUAAGUGGAUUCUUAAUGGUACAAAAUGUUGGAUUACUAAUGGCUAUGAGAGCAAAGCAUCUGUUGUGUUUGCCACAACUGAUAAAAGCCUAAAACACAAGGGCAUCUCAGCUUUUAUUGUACCUAAACCAAUUAAAGGCUUAGAGUUAGGUAAAAAGGAAGAUAAAUUAGGUAUUAGAGGUUCAUCAACUUGUUCACUUAUUUUUGAAGAUUGUGAGAUACCAAAGGACAGUAUCUUGGGAGAGCCUGGUUUGGGUUUUAAAAUAGCUAUGAUGACAUUAGAUGCAGGCAGAAUUGGUAUUGCAGCACAAGCAUUAGGUAUAGCCCAGGCAUCCUUGGAUGUAGCUGUAGAAUAUGCAUCGAAAAGAAUAGCAUUUGGCAAACCUAUUUCUAAGUUACAAGCCAUCCAGAACAAAUUUGCAGAUAUGGCACUAAAGUUAGAAUCUGCCAGAUUGCUUACUUGGCGUGCGGCCUGGUUAAAGGAUAACAAACAAAAAUUUAUAAAGGAGGCAGCUAUGGCUAAGUUAGCAGCAUCAGAAGCUGCUACAUUUUUGUCUCAUCAGUGUAUUCAGAUUCUUGGGGGAAUGGGUUAUGUGACAGAUAUGCCAGCAGAAAGACAUUAUCGCGAUGCAAGAAUCACUGAGAUAUAUGAAGGAACCUCAGAAAUUCAAAGACUUGUUAUUGCCGGACAGAUUCUUAAAGAGUAUGGAUUAUAA